GAGGAGGAAGAAUUAGGUUUUCUCUAUCACACUCCUCACCAAUCGGUGGCGAUACUGAGCCUCUGCAGCGCUGGUCAACCUGGAAUUAAUUCAAAGAUUAAGACAGCAGCAGAAACAGGUUCAACGUUUUAAGACGUGUCGCCGAUUUGUGGACCUUAUUUUCAAAUAUUGCAGAUGGAUUCGCAGCCCCCCGUGAAGCCGUGGGAGCGGAGGAUUCCAGGAACUGGGGUCGCGCCCAUCAACUACAGAUCCGCAGACCUGGGCCAAGUUUCAGGUUUCUCCACUUCAGUUGGACCUCCUGUGCUGACUCGAAUGGCGCCCCCUGUGCCUCCACGUCCCGUCCAGCAGUCAUACCGUCCAGCCUACAGUUCUUUCACGUCCUCGUACAGCCCGUACGGCAGCUCUGUGUUCGGUGGCUACAGCCCCUACAGCUAUGGCGGGGGCUACGGGCUGGGAGGCUACGGUCGCCUCUCCCACCAAGAGGACGUGGCCCCCAGCAGGUUUGUGCAGCAGGCUGAGGAAAGCAGCCGCGGUGCCUUCCAGUCCAUCGAAAGCAUCGUCCAUGCCUUCGGCUCGGUCAGCAUGAUGCUGGACGCCACCUACUCUGCCGUAUACAACAGUUUCAGAGCCAUCCUGGACGUGGCCAACCACCUGACCCGGCUACGAGCCCACCUGACCCGUGUGCUGUCAGCCUUCGCUCUGGUGCGCACGUUACGUUACCUGUACAGACGAUUACAGAGGCUGCUUGGUCGGAGGGCGGAUGCUGAGGUCGAGGACUUGUGGGCCGACAGCGCCACCGACGCCCUCGCCACGGCUGCUUCUACAGGGUCAGGAGCAGGAGCAGGAGAAGGAGGUCCGACGGGCAAAUCUUGGCCCAUUAUUCUGUUUUUUGCUGUUGUCCUGGGUGGACCCUACCUGAUCUGGAAACUGCUCUGCUCUACUAUUCCUACAGAGGAAAACGCCACAAACUGGGCCAGUGGCGAGGACGACCACGUCGUGGCCAGAGCUGAGUAUGACUUCCAGGCUUCGUCUGAGGAAGAGGUUUCUCUGAGGGCAGGAGACUUGAUCAACGUGGCUCCUAAAGAGCUGCAGCCCAGGGUUCGCGGCUGGCUGCUGGCCAGCCUUGAUGGUCAGACCACAGGACUGGUCCCUGCCAACUACGUCAAGGUUCUUGGUAAGAGGAGAGGACGCAAACACACGGAGCUGGAGAACAACGCGCGGGCUCCUCCGACGCCAACACCUGCUGCUGAAUCACAGCCAGUGAAUCCGACUUCUACAAACAACCUCCUGGAGUCAGUGUACAGAGAAACACCAAACACUUUCUGUCUGGGAACGUCCGCCUCCAACACGUCUGCCAGUACUGCAGUAAACAUACAUGAGAAGAUGGACCUGUGAGGUCUGUCCCUGUGUGUUUGUGGGGGGGGAGGGGGUGAAAUGUUGAAUGAACGCAAAAUGAUUGAUUAACAGUCGGCCGACCAUAAAGGUUUGGGAGAAACAACCUGGACCUGUAGAGGAUUUUAUCCACCACGUGUUUCUAACAGUUUAAAACCACAGGCCUCGUGUGAUUGGUCCAGAGCUGGUCUCAUUCAGCUCUGUUUUGUUCCUUUUGCUCCUGUUAUUGUUUCUAUUCUGUCAAAUUAAAUUCUGUUUAUUUGUUGUUCAAAAACGUAGUUUCAGUAACCUGAAUAAUUAACUGUUGGUGACAGUGACAGUGUGAGAACAGCAGUUUUCUGUCUGAUCAUCUUCACGUCAGCUCUGUGAUGAAAGUGAGACCAAACGUUCAGAGGCAAAGAUGGGUCAUUUUGCACAUGUAAUAUUUAAUGGCUUUUGCGACAAUAAAUAUUUUUGUAAAUCAGAA